AUGGCGGACAGAAUGGACCGGUUCGAGGCAUUAGAGCAACAAUUAGAGAUGUUUAUCGAAAACACUCGGCAGCUUGGCAUUGUAGUCAGUGAUUUCCAACCACAAGGACAAAGUAAUAUGAACCAAAAAAUACAAAAGAUGGUUGCUGGGAUGCAGGAGAUUGAUAAACUGAAAUCACAAAUGGGUGAUAUCAAUGUGCCUUUAGAAGUAUUUGAUUAUAUUGAUCAGGGAAAAAACCCAAACCUCUAUACUAAAGACUGUUUAGAAAAGGCACUUGCAAAAAAUGAACAAGUGAAAGGAAAGAUAGACAAUUUGAAGAAAUUCAAGACAUUGCUGCUAGUUGAAUUGGAUAAAGUAUUUCCUAAAGAAAUAAACACAUACCGAGCCCUGCGAGGAGAUGAUCGGCCCUUAUAAGGGUAUAUACCUAUACCUUGUGUAAAACUUGGCAGCUUGUACACACAGCAGUGAACAGACAUCUACAUGCUUUACAACUUGAAGAGUGGACAAACAUAAAAACUAUUAUACUUAUCUUAGCAACUAUUCAUUGUAAAACAUGAUAUUUCACAACAUAAACUAUUAUAUGUUAACUUCAAUAUUCUGUGAGAAUUUUCUGUCAUUGUGUUUUUUCUUUGUUGUUUCCUUUCUUGGAAAAAUUGGAUCAACUUCUUCAAAUUUCUUGUUUAUUUGUUUGAAAAGGAUUUGGAAACUUGUAUAAUGUAGUCAUAACCACCGCCAAUCCUGUUGAACAGUCAAUGAAACUUAAAAAACGUAUUAUUAACUUAUGUAUUAUUGUCAGUGAAUCAAGAUUGAAAUCUUCAUGUUACACCCAAACACUCAUUUUUAAGCUACUUGUGCAAUACUUCAUCUUUGUCAGGAGUUUAUUAUAAGUUUGUAUAGUCUAUACCAAUACAUUUUAAUAUGUUCACUCCAAACACUACUGUAUGUCGUUUUUUUUCAAUAUGGAUUGAUUAUAUAAUUUCCUGUAAAUUAGGUAAGUUGUAUCUUUGUGUAUACAUUUGUCUGUAGAGAAAAGAGAAAAAUGGUUUGUAUGCAGGGAGAUGAGCAAAAAAUGUCCGAGGGAGGUAAGAGAAAUAUUUUUGUGUAUGUAUGAAAAAUAUUGUAGGUGUUAACAGAUAUUGAAUUGAAAAUUUUUUAUUUCAUACUUUUCAUAAAAGAAGUUUUGAGAAAUUUCCUUGAUUGUAGAGAUAAGGAAUUUUCUGUAUGUAUGAUGAGAGAAAGCGUCCUGGAGUUGUUGAGAGAAGAUAAAUGUCAUACUUGUAUAUAAAGUGUAUCAAGUUGUCAGAUGUGAUGAUAUAAUUAUAAAUAAAAACUACAUAAAGAAA